GAGUGUAGUCAGCAGUGUGAUUGCAAUCUUCCUUCUUGUUCAUCCCAGGGUUGGCCGACUACACGCGUGAAAAGGCUUUUUUCCCAACAUGGAAACAUUCUGCUGUAGGUCUAUUCUGCUUGCAUUCGAGAGACACUCGUUUUGGGAUUAGGAUUUGGUAGAGCGAGAGAGAUGGCUUCGCGAUCCAGCCACUGGAAUCGUCAGCAGCAGAGGUAGUGUGUCUCUUGCACUCGCCCAGCGGUCGAUUUUGCUGUCUGUUGCACGAUGAGCGUAGCUCUGCAAGAUUUGCGGAACAACAUGUCCAGCUACAAGCGUGCAACAUUUGAGGAGGAGGCGACAGACAACCCAGCUGAUGGGAGCAUGUCUCCGGACAGUGUGGAGGUUGGCUUUCGGAAGGGCGGCAUCCAGCUCCUCGGUCCCAUGGGCAGGAGGACUCAAAUGGAGGUAGUGCUGGCUGGUGUGCUGCUCUGCUCUCUCCUCGCCCUGUUCGGAUGUGCUGUCACGCUGGGCAUGCGCUACAACACAGACCCAGCGCGAAGCCUGUGUCUGACUGAGGCCUGUAUUACGGUGGCCAGUAAGAUCGUAGAGGCCCUGGACCGCAGCGCUGACCCCUGCCAUGACUUCUACCAGUACGCCUGCGGGGGCUGGGUACGCAAGAACCCCCUCCCUGAUGGACGCUCUCGCUGGAGCACCUUCAACAGCAUCUGGGACCAGAACCAGGCUCUCCUCAAACACCUGCUGGAGAAUGGCACAUUCAACUCCAGCAGCGACGCCGAGAAGAAGACCCAGUUCUACUACCUGUCCUGCCUCAACGAGCAGCACAUCGAGGAGCUGGGAGCCAUGCCUCUCAUUGACCUCAUUGCAAAGACAGGGGGCUGGAACAUAACGGGGCCCUGGGAGAAGGACAACUUUAUGGAGGUGCUGAAGACAGUGUCGGGCCCCUACCGUGCCCAGCCCUUCUUCACCAUCGGAGUCAGCGUGGACCCCAAGAACUCCAACAGUAACGUCAUCCAGGUGGACCAAUCAGGGCUGUUCCUCCCCUCGCGGGACUAUUACCUCAACAAGACAGCCAAUGAAAAGGUGUUGAAGGCGUAUCUGGACUACAUGGUGGAGCUGAGCCUGCUGUUGGGGGGGGAUAAGAACUCCACACAAAGCCAGAUGCAGCAGAUCCUGGACUUUGAAACAGCGCUCGCCAACAUCACAGUACCGCAGGACGAACGUCGAGAUGAGGAGAAGAUCUACCACAAGAUCACCAUCGCCGAGCUGCAGCUGCUGGCUCCAGCGGUGGACUGGCUGGACUACCUGUCCUCGGCCCUGUCCCCUCUGGACCUGAACGAUACAGAGCCAGUGGUGCUAUAUGCCAAGGAGUACUUGCAACAGGUGUCUGACCUGAUCAACAAGACCGAGCGCAGCCUGCUCAACAACUACAUGAUCUGGAACCUGGUGCAGAAGGGUGCGUCCAGUCUGGACCAGCGCUUUGAGAACGCCCAGGACAAGCUGCUAGAGAGCCUGUAUGGAACCAAGAAGUCCUGCACACCUCGAUGGCAGACCUGCAUUGGGAACACAGAUGACACGCUCGGCUUUGCCCUGGGUGCACUCUUUGUCAAAGCAACAUUUGAUAAACACAGCAAAGAGAUUGCAGAGGGUAUGAUCAAUGAGAUCCGUACUGCCUUCAAAUAUGCUCUUGAUCACCUCAAGUGGAUGGACAAACAAACGCGUCAGGCAGCCAAGGACAAGGCGGACGCCAUCUAUGACAUGAUUGGAUUUCCUGACUUCAUCCUGGACCCUAAAGAACUGGAUGAUGUUUAUGAUGGGUAUGAUGUCUCAGAAGACAACUUCUUCCAGAACGCACUCAACUUCUACAACUUCUCCGCCAGGGUGAUGGCCGAUCAGCUCCGCAAGCCGCCCAACAGAGACCAAUGGAGUAUGACCCCUCCCACAGUCAAUGCCUAUUACAUGCCCACCAAGAAUGGCAUUGUCUUUCCAGCUGGAAUCCUCCAGGCACCCUUUUAUGCCCAGGAUCACCCCAAAGCACUGAACUUCGGGGGGAUCGGAGUAGUGAUGGGACACGAGCUCACUCAUGCCUUUGAUGACCAGGGCAGGGAAUACGACAAAGACGGGAACCUUCGGCCCUGGUGGCAAAAUUCCUCUGUGGAAUCAUUUAAAAACCGCACAGAAUGCAUGGUGGAGCAGUACAAUGGGUUUACCAUCAAUGGGGAGCAUAUAAAUGGCAAGCAGACGCUGGGAGAGAACAUUGCUGACAACGGAGGCCUAAAGGCAGCCUAUAAUGCGUACCAGGCAUGGGUGCAGGAGAACGGUGAGGAGAAGAGGCUGCCAGCGGUCAACCUGACCAAUGACCAACUAUUCUUUGUGGGAUUUGCACAGGUGUGGUGUUCCGUGCGAACCCCUGAGAGUGCCCACGAAGGACUCAUGACGGACCCCCACAGCCCCCCAAAAUACCGCGUCAUCGGCACCCUCUCCAACUCGCCAGACUUUGCUGAGCACUUCCAGUGCCCCAGUGGCUCCCCUAUGAACUCAGGUCACCGCUGUGUGGUGUGGUAGGGCCUGUGAGAACCAGUGGGGGUGCUGUCUGUGGAAGCUAAAUGGAGAAACAAGAGGAGGAGAAGAACCUCUAACUAAUCAUCAGAUUUUUUUUCUUCUAAUUCUCUUUUGUUUGUACAUGAUACUGGAUCACUAGUGGUUUGUGGGUAGAGCAGGACCAACUCCAGGUGAGGGAGAGAAAUGUUGUCAUCAGCUGAUGUGUGUGUGUGUGUGUAUUUCCAGUGUUAUGGUAUUUUUCCUCUUUAUCCACCCCUGCCCCCCACUCACCGGUGGGGCACAAAGGCACAUUUUAUUUAUUGUUUUCUAGACUUGGUAGGGGGCCGGGGAGGAGGAGCCACUAGGGGCUGUCUAUCCCCUCACCUUUCUCUAUGCUUCUGUGUCGUCACUGUCCUUGCUGUAUGCCCUGUUCACAAUUUAAACCAGAGCCCUCUUCACUUAGGGCUCUCACUGAAGGCACUAUGACAUCACACGAUGGGUUCAGCUGCCUUUGUGACCUUGCAGGAAGCGCAGAAACUUGGCUGUGACAUCACAGGAUGGUUCAUCUGCCUCUGACCUCACAGGAAGUACAUAAACUUCACAAUGAUUGAACAUUGUAUAUGGCUUCAUCUCAAAUGCCAUCCCUAUUCUCUAUAUUACUUACUUGCCUUGGCACAUCCACAAGAGAGCACCACUGCUUCUGGUCUGCAUGUCCUAUAUAGUAUACAUAUAGUACAAUGUGGCUCCGGUAAAUAGUUCUGCCCUAUGAGGUGUCAUUUGUAUAGGGUGUCAUUUGAGAUGGAUCCAUUAAGACUCAGCUCUCUUUCUCUGUUGCUUCACAGGAAGUGCACUGGCGUAUGUGGGUCCUCAAAGAUACCACUCAGCACCCUCUGUGACAUCACAAUGAAUUCACAGAAGGUGCUUCACUGUGACCUCAUA